UUCUGCCUAUCUCGUGCGAGUAUGAUUAAUGCUUUAUGAAUCCGAGGUAGAUCGUGUGGAGCACGUAGGCACGGCCUGACGCAUAUUCCACCGGAUUUUCGGCCGUAAUCAUGUCCUCAGGCAAGAAGGGUAAGAAGAAGAAGGGAACGACUGUCAAUUUGAUGUCAUUUCUGGCUACGCAGAACCCGGCGCAAAAUAAACCGUUGAAAUCGUCCAGUUGGGCCGACGAUGUGGAAGAUGAUCACGAAGGAUAUUCUUCAAGAAGCAGCAAAGAUCCUGUUAUUCUGCCAACAGCUCCAAGAGCUGCGCGAGGGCCUGGGAUAGAUGAAGAAAAUAUUCCUACAAACCCUCCCUAUGUAGCUUACAUAAGUAAUCUACCUUAUGAUAUAGAUGAAAGCAAUCUAACUAAUCAUUUCGAGGGCCUGAAGAUUUCUAAUAUGCGUUUGCCGAAAGAUGCAGACAAGAUUAGGGGUUACGGAUAUGUGGAAUUCGAGGAUCGGCAGAGUUUAAUCGAUGCUCUAUCUAUGUCAAACACGACUAUUAAAACGAGGCGAAUAAGAAUAGAAGUGUCAAACAGCAGUAAUGAUGAUCGCCGUGGUGGUAGGAUGGGUAGAGAUAGUCGUAGGGACAAUUAUGAUGAUCCGGAACGCACAUCUGGCGAUUGGAGGAGCGGUCCGCGCGAAGAUUUACUGGAUGGCGAUUCCUAUCGCAACCGAUACGAUAGAGAUCGGUUCGAUAACAGAGACCGACGAGACGACAGAGAAAGAUAUGAUGAUAACAAACCUGGCGGCUGGCGUGAGAGGGAUAGCAAUGAUGGAGGAUCGACGUUCAGGGAAAGAGGUGGCUUCAGAGACGACAGCAGAGAGAGGGACUGGAACCGUUACGGCGACAGAGGAAGGAGCAAAGACAGAGAUGGCGACAGAGGCAGCAGCUUCGGUCCUCGCCGCAAUUACGGUGAUUCUGAUUGGGAUCGCGAUCGUCGACAGACGGAUAAAGAUGCGAAACCUGCUGAGCCUCGACAAAGACCAAAACUGCAGUUGCAACCUCGCACGAAACCCGUGGAGCCUGUUGUGGUUGCGGAGGAGGAGGAGGAGUCGGCGGCUAAGGAAAUCGCAUCGACCGAGCCGAAAUCUGAGAAAAUUGAAAAAUCACCGGGAUCGGAGUCGAACCAACGGGCUCCAGCUCUAGCUCCCGUACCAGCGGCUAACAUUUUCGGUGCUGCGAAACCUGUAGAUACUACUGCCCGGGAACGAGAGAUAGAGGAGCGUCUCGCCAAAUCUUAUGCGGAAUCACGUUCCCGAGAGGAACCAGAUAACAGGGAGCGUAAAGAUGGCACUUGGGGCCGACGCAAUGGAGAAGGGCGCGACGACAAGGAAAAAGAACGAGGCCGAACGACCUGGCGAUCGGAGGAAGACAGAAGCGCUCGGUUAGAAAGAUCCGCACCGCGUUCUCAACCUGCUUCCAUGCGUUCUGAGGAGCACAAUGGAUCUAAAGCAUCAUCAGCUUCACGUGCUGGACCGCCAGUGCCCAAAGGAUAUCAGAAACUGAAUGAAAAAGAUACUCGUGCGGGUCAAGAAAGAGACCGCAAAGACAAGGAAAAGGAUGAAAUCAGCAGAAUGCCGAAAGCGAAGGAUGAACAAGCUCCGAAUUUUGUAGCUUCCAACAAGUACUCCAUGCUACCUGAUGAUGCGGAUGCCGACAAUAUCGAUGAAUAAUAUUGAUUAAUGUAAUAAUAUUAAUUCGAACAUGAUUUGUGUAUUACUGAGUAAAUUGUGCCAGUGACACGAACACGAACGUUAUACAUAUUAUUAAUGAUUUCGUUUUAUUAAAUUUGUCGAAUGUUGCAUGAAUUCGUCGUUAGGCCAGGUGUUGCAUCUAUUCAUAUUACUUUGCUGAAAUUACUGUUGAUUUGUAUUUAAUCUCUAUUUUAAGAUAUUCUCUGUAUAACUAUUUACACACACUAUAUAUAUUAUAUAUAUAUACAUACAUAUAUAUUUACUUUGCAUCUCGUUUCGAUAUAAUGUGAAAAUUGCAAAACCGCAGAAUACGCAAAUUACAGAGGAUACAAUCGCAUUCACGUAUCCAUGUUUCCGAGGAUAUAAUUAACACUCUGCAAAGUAUGAUCUAGGAAUUGGAACUUUAUACAUCAUACUCGAUCAGCUGUACAGUAAUUGUACAAUAUGUGACUCAUUUACAUGUAAUAUAACAAUGCCAAUAUAUAGAAAGAAACGAUUAAAAUAAUAAGUACAUG